AUGUCUCGGUUAUCGCCCCUUCUCCGCCAACGACUGAUCCUUGCCGCCAAAGUCGCUACCGGGCUCUCAAUCACCGGUGCAGCAAGCUUUCAUCUCGUGACAAGAAAAUGUUACUUUGAGCCCUUUGGACCGGACAAUGGCAGAUCAUUGUAUGAGCAUCCACUGCUGAAGCAGAUCAAUCCUUGGAAUAAACCGGGUUCGGCCGACUCGUGCGUGAGAGAGGUACCGUUCGAUAAGCUGGAUAAGGUGCUUUUGGAAAAUGCAAAGAAUGGAGGAACGAAGCUGGUUGAGAGGUUUAUUGCGGGAAUGUGGGGAGGGUUCGGAUAUGGUAUCCAGAGAAGAAUUAUGACAUUCUUCAAGAACGAGGCGAAUAAGAACGACCUAUGGGAGAAAAAAGAUCUUCUAGCAUCUACCUAUGAACCAGGCACAUAUUUCACGAACCAUUUCGUUGUUCUAUCAAAAACACCAACAUGUAUCACCAUGAGGGGCUGCUUUGAUCCUCACCAGUCACCUCCGACUCCAAUGAACGUCGACAAUCUCGUUGAGAUUCGUGCAGAGCUCGAUAAAGCAAAGCAGGUGGCCGUUCUCAAGCUCCAGGUCAUCACAUUUGACGGAAGGAAAGAAGCGAGUGACAAGGAGGACCCUUUUGGUGGUGUUGGAGGAUGGCUUCACAGACGUGCGACAGCAAAAGUUGCCGAUGGAGCACUUUCGGGGGAACUUGGCAGGGCAGACUUUGGCAGCGAGUUGGAGAGCCUCGCCGUGGGAGAGGCUGUAGCCGUCUUCGCCAGAGUUAGCGAGGUCUGGGAGACCCUCAGCAGUGCUGAUAGCAGGGCUAGCGGCAGCAAGGGGGAGGAGAAGCAGGAGAGUAGUGGUGAACUUCAUGCUUGCCUAGUUGGCAUUUUGCAGGGGUUUAAGUGCGAAGCCAACCUCCUCGCUAUUGCGAUGCCACAGAAACCUUCAUUGUCCUCCUUCAAUGUCGACCGGGCGAAAGCUAUUCGCACAACUCCCCCAAUGGCCUCUCUCAACUCAACUAUCAUUUUUGAGGCUGGAGGCAAGCGAUACGUCACAACAGACGCCAUUCCUUUCCAGUCCCAUACUAAUACUCCACUGGAAACUCUACUAGUAACCGUUCUUGCGAACCAUUACGGUAUACCCCUCAGCAAAGAGUGGAUGAAGAGAUACUUAAACAAGCUGGAUGGCUGUGAUGUUUAUGAUCGCGACUUGUUCCUUUCAAGUGUCAUCAUCACUACCCCGCAUCGUGACCAGGCUAUGCCUCAUGAUUCUUGGGAACAUCUAAAGGAACUGGGAAUGAAAUGGCUCGAUAUUGUAGUUGAAGGCGGCAAAAAGCAUCUUCCUACAGGGCCUUAUUUGUACACCAAUAAUAAGCUUCACCCUAUCUGUCGUUUAUAUGAUGAUGAGAAAGGAGCGUUCUUCUCAGGGUUGAAGCUCAAGCUAGAUCUGUCGCCAUUGACACCGUUUGAUCAACUCGGCGUUGCAAGUAUUUCUAAUAACUACCUCGCAAUCGCCGUCCCGUCUCGAGCACCAGCGCUCGUUACCGACACCCCGCAAAAUUUACGCGUUGCAGUAAAGGACUGUUUUUUUGUCCGCGGCAUGAAAACGUCACUCUGCAAUAUGGCUUACUACGAAUUAAGUAACCCGGCAGCUUUCACGGCUGAUGUGAUCCAAGCACUGGUUAAUGACGGUGCACACAUACUGGGCUUGACGAAGCUCAGCUCAAUGAUAGCCCGUGAAGAGCCCAUGGAUGCCGUUGACUAUCCAACAGCCUUCAAUCCCAGAGGGGAUGGAUAUCAGUCUCCUGCCGGAAGUAGUAGUGGGAGCGCUGCUGCUGUUGCGGCUUAUGACUGGCUCGAUUGUGCGAUCGGUACUGAUACGAGCGGAAGUGGGCGUCGGCCAGCAUUGGCGAAUGGUGUUUGGCAAUUUAGGCCUUCUCAUGAUUCUAUGUCGUUGAGAGGACUAGUCAAGACCUAUGCCAUGUUUGAUACGCCUUGUGUAUUCGCGAGAAGUCUCGAUGUCGUACGACGCGUAGCCAAAACUUGGAUUGCGGCUCCAUUGCCUGUCACCAAGAGGCCAUAUCGUCUCAUCUGUCCACUCGAUUAUCUUCCAACCGAGAAUUCAGAACAAAAGAAGAUUAUCGACUCCUUUACACGAGAUGUUGAGACUCAUCUUCCCGCUACUAUCAACCAACUCUCUAUCAGAAGCUCUUGGCAGCAGUCACAUCCAAUAGGAGCUCCUGGUGAUGUGGAAGAAUAUCUCAAAGAUGUCAUCCGAGGAACCUUUUAUCAUCAAUUUUACCACUCGACUUCAAGCUUCAGAGAGCUGUACGCUAAGAGACAUGAUGGCCAACAACCUUAUGUGAUCCCCUUUGUUAGACGAAGAUGGACUCAAGGUGCCUGUGUUUCCGAUGCCGAGCAUGAAGAAGCUACGCGACGACUACUCGUUUACAAAAAGUGGCUUCAUGAUCUAUUAUUUGGAGACGAGGACUUUGAGACGCUUGUCAUUCUUCCCGUCGCUGAAGUCAAACCUGUCUAUCGUGAUGAGAAGACAGCAUCACCUGAGAAUCAGUCUGCAUAUGACCAAUUAUUUUUACCACCAGUUCUUCAGAGCCCCGAUGUCGUUUUACCAAUUGGAGAGACGCUGUACCAUUCAAAGAUCAGCAAAAAAAUUGAGUAUCUGCCAGUGGUAGCCAAUCUCGUCGCCGCACCAGGCCGAGACCAUGAGCUUUUGGAGGCGGUUGAAACAAUUCUUGAGAGAUCUAAACGGCCUACGGUAGUUUCUACAGGGCCUAGGAUAUUCGUUCCAUAA